UUUGGAUUUUGGCCCCUCUGUGAUUGAGUUUGACACUCCUGUUUACACACACAACAACAUUUAACACACAUAGGGACACACGCACACAACAAUAUAGCACGCACUCUCCAAAAGAGACUUCAUUGAAACAUGUGAACAGUUUGUCAUCCGGGACAGACGUGCUGGAGGAUCACACCUCUUCCAUCCCGGGGGGGCCUCGGGGCCCACAGCUCCGCCGCGCGGGGGUCCAGGGCCGCGCCCUGCGCGUGCAGCACGUUUCCCUCUCCGCAGCUGUAGUUCGGUUCACAGCUUAUCAGCUUUAGCGCGGUUCCCUCACCCCACCCCCCGGGGUGGGUGUGCAUCAUCAGCAAUGUUACUGUCUCUUUAAAUUUACCCAGGAGCCCCUUAAGGAGCCCCAGGGGCCCCUAGUCCGGCUCCCCACCCAGAAGACAAUCGAGAGCCUUAAACCCAUGAGUGAAGGCCCGAGCUGCUCUCCACAGUCCCGCGCGGAGCCGUGGACUCCGCGCCACCGAGGGAUCCUGACAAAGUUGACUUGUCCCCCGUGCGGGGCGCGGGCUGGGGGACAGCACGGGAGCCAUAGCAAUGGGUUUGUCACGGAGCGCGUGCCAGAUGCGUGCCGCGCGGCGCAGCGCGGUCCUGCCGUGACAUGCUUCUGAUGUGAAAGUGGCAGGAGCCGCGCGGCGCGGUGAUCCCGCGAAGGAAGGGGACCGGAGGCGCGAGGAGAUGGAGGAGCGCGAGCCCGUGGACCUGCGGCGCUCCCAGCAGUCUGAGCUGCUCUCGGUUAUUAUAGGCGGAGAGGAGGAAGCCACGCAAGAAGAAAGCGACCCGGGAGAAGAUGGUCACAGCGGGGUGGAGUCACGGGCCUGCAUGGUCACACCUGUCAAAUCGCCAGGCACCAGCUACUGGACCCUCACAGAGGGGCCCGACCAGCCCCUCCUCCUCUCGCCUGCUCCCGGCCCCCCCGGGCGCAAACCCAGGGUCCAGAGAGCGUCCCGCCCGGGCCUGAGCCGGAUUCCUGGCCGCGAUCACCGGCGGUACUACCACGAGUACUGGCGCAGCGAGUACCUGAUGGACUUUGACGCCCAGAGACAUGGUAUGAUCUGCAUGGUGUGCGGCAGCUCACUAGCAACCUUGAAGCUCAGCACCAUCAAGAGGCACAUCAGGCAGAAGCACCCCGACUCUCUGCUGUGGAGCGCCGCCGACAAGGAGGUCAUCCGCUCGGGGUGGGAGAGCCACCUGAGUUUGGGCGGGGCUCAGAGGUCGUUCACCUCUGCAGCUGAAACGUCACUUAUGGAAGAGGAGGAGGAGGAGUCCCUGCACCUGAGCCAAGAAAGCGCAGACCCUGCAGACCAUGUGACCCCCCCAGAAAAGCAACAGGAAGCCUCCCCUUUGUCCCCUCACUCUGCAGAGGCUGAACCCUUGCAGGAGCCAGAGGACGAGCAGGAAGCUGCUGGCCCGUCGGCACAGACGCUGGAGCGGUACCUGAACGACUCCCUGCACGCCUGGUUUCGUCAGGAGUUCCUGAUGGAGUACGAGGCGGAGGCCGGCCGCCUGCUCUGCAUGGUGUGUGGAGCAGAGCUUCCUUCACUGCACCUGGACCACAUCAAGAGCCACGUGCUGGACAGCCACCCCAGCUCUCUGCUGUACAGCUCCGAGGAAAAGCACUGCAUCCUGCAGGCCUGGGCUCACGCCUACGAAGAGUCAGAAAACUCCGUCAAAUCUGAACACACCAAAGCAAAGACGAUGGACGUCUGCGCUGAGGACGUACAAACCACCCAGAUCGACUGUGACGCGGCGCCGCAGGAGGACGGGACCUCCUCUCAGGACGUCUGCCUCAUCGGUGAGGAUGGAGGUGUUGGAGCUCUACAGGAACCUCCCCCCAAGAGGAGGCGGCUGCAAGUGGGCAACCCGUGGCGGCUCCGCCUGGACUACCUGGUGGCGUACGGGCCUCAGGGCCAGGGCACCUUCUGCAUGGUGUGUUCUCAGGUCCUGCAUGAAACCAAGGUGAGCAGCUUCCGCCAGCACAUCCAGGAGCAUCACCCGGAGACGACGGCGCUGAGCCGGCAGGAGAGGGAGGCCAUGGCCGCCGCCUGGACCAAAGACUCCUUCAGUGAAGACGCAUGCAUGCAUGACGACAUCCCUUCAGGUUCGGCUCUCAGUGAUGCAGCAGCAACGGGUGAAGCUCCACUGCGGGAUGUCAAAGCUCGCACCAAAAGAAGGAAGGAGGAGAGCGCGAGUGGAGGGAGGAGCAAAUGGAAGGACGCCGGUGCUCCUCGCCAUGGCCAUUACCCCGGGAAGGACCAAAGGAGGAACUACCAGAUGCGCUGGCGGCUGGAGUACCUGAUGGACUACGACUGCCAGAGGCACGGCCUGAUCUGCAUGGUGUGUGGGGCUAACCUGGCCACGCUGAAGGUCAGCACCAUCAAGAGACACAUUCAGCAGGUCCACGCCCACUCGCUGUUCUACAGCACCGAGGAGAAGCAGCAGGCCGUGCUGCGCUACAACCAGAGCGGACUGCACCUCACGCACUCCGACCAGCACCCGGACGCGGCGCCCGCCCCGCCACACGGAAGCACUUAGACGGCGCCUCGCCUGUUCGUCCACUAACGCUCAGAAGCUGCAGAGGCUCCUGUGUGUCCAGCAGCUCCACAUCAACGCACGUCCUGAGCUGAGGACAGGUUUGUUAUCAAAAUGAAGAAUUCUCCAUGUAAAGUGGAAAGAUGAGUUUCUCCUUGAUUCAGCAGGUAAAGGGAGACGGGAUCCAAACUCAAAGUCCAGUAACUCAUUAGGAAAACAAAGCUUUAUGUGUUAGAUUUAGACAUGAUUUGUGUUUGUUCAUGUAACCCAGGGGUGUCCAACUCAAUCACACAGGGGCCAGAAUCCAAAACACACCUUAGGUCUCGGGCAGAACAGGAGAAACAUUUAUGGAACACUCUAAAACUACA